AUGCGAAUCGAUUGUCCGCGUCUUCAGUACAAAAACAAAAGCAAUAAUCUAAGUCCCCAGUGUGACGAACAGCGCGUGCUGUCCGAUGGACAACGCGUGGCCGCAUCAGUUGAUUCCACCGUCACAGUCCUACCAAAGAAACAGUACGCUUUUUUAGUAGAGCGCCCCGCGACAGUACUGUUCACCAUGCGAUCGUCCGUUUUCGUCUACGUGCUGGUGGUCACCGCGAAGGCCGUGGUCUACGCCCGGGUUUCGUACAACAGCACCGACGGUGUAGAUGUAUGA